AUGAAGAAAUUAGUUAGUGCUGUAGCACAAUUCUGGUGGAGUCCAGGGGGUAACAAGAGAGGUAUGCAUUGGAAAUCAUGGGACAAACUGUGUAGCUCUAAGGACGAUGGAGGUUUGGGAUUCAAAGAUCUCACAGAUUUUAAUACAGCUAUGCUUGGGAAACAAUUUUGGAGAUUAAUGGACAAACCGAAUACUUUAUUUUCUCGUGUAUUCAAAGGGAGAUAUUUCAGGAAUGCUUCACCCCUGGAACCCAUUAGAUCAUACUCGUCAUCUUAUGGUUGGCGUAGUAUUGUCUCUGCUAGAUCUCUGGUUAUUCGGGCUCUAGUGGAUCCGCAAGAUGUGAAAAUUAUUCAAAGUAUUCCUAUCAGUAGAUCUCAUCUAGAAGACCGGAAUGGAUGGCAUUUUACAAACAAUGGUAAAUACACGGUUAAAUCUGGCUAUGAAGUGGAACGAGUAUAUCCGGAUAGAGAAAUAAUGCCACCCCAGUUUGGCCCUUCGAUAACACCUUUGAAGGCGUUUUGUUGGAAGUUACGCUGCCCACCCAAGUUGAAACAUUUUUUAUGGCAACUAUUGACGGGAUGUAUAGCGGUUAAGAAAAAUUUGAGGUCAAGAGGAAUGCAAGGAGAUACUGUUUGUGACCGAUGUGGUGCUCCCGAGGAAUCAGCUAAUCAUGUGUUUUUUGAAUGUCCACCGACAGUUCAGGUCUGGGCACUUUCACGGAUCCCGAUGAAUCCAGAUAUUUUUCCCACUCAAUCUUUGUUUACCAAUAUGGAUCAUUUAUUUUGGAGAGUUUCUCCUGAAAUGGAGGAUCAUUCAUUUGCUUGGAUUCUCUGGUAUAUAUGGAAAGGUAGAAACAACAAAGUUUUUAGCAAUUUGGAUAUGGACCCGAGAGAUACUCUCAAACUGGCAGAAACGGAAUCGUUACUUUGGGUGGAAGCACAAAAUUCUCAGACUCAAGACAUGGAACGCACCCAAAUUCAUGUAUCUUCGAUAAUAACGAGUAUACCAGGUAGAUGGUGUUUUACAGACGGAUCUUGGAAAAAUGAGGAUAGUUUUUCAGGACAAGGAUGGUAUAGUACCCUGGAAGGCUACGAUGGACUAAUGGGAGCAAGGAACACGAGAGCGAGUCAGUCGCCACUACACUCAGAGAUAGAGGCCCUUAUAUGGGCAAUGGAAUGUAUGAGGAAUCUUAGACAAGCAUGGGUUACUUUUGCAACGGAUAGUGCUCAGUUGGUGAAGAUGGUGUCGGAACCAGAAGAGUGGCCAGCCUUUGCAAGCUAUUUGGAAGACAUAAAAGUUUUAAAGAGGAGUUUCAACAGCUCAGAGAUCAUUCAUAUACCACGGACACAGAACUCAAAGGCGGACAGUCUCGCACGCAGUGCAAGAAAGCAACCGUCGUUUGUCGUCCAUAUGGAUGCAGAGCUACCGGAAUGGUUCGCAGAGUCUACAUGA